AUAGAGCAAGUUUUGUCUCCGGCGAGGGGGUGGGAGGCCAGGUCCCACCGCGCUCGGCAGCAUGGCCGCGGCGCCCCUGGGGCGGGCAGCAGCCCCCGCCGCGACGGCAGCGCCCCGCUGAGCUCCGCGGGCAGCGGCAGCGGGAGCGGCCGCCUCCGCCGCCCAUCCGGGCCGCCAGCCCGCCCGCCGGAGAGCGGCGGUCCCCCGGCCCGGCCCGGCGCGGCACCAUGUGGGGCGGGCUGCAUCCCCAGCCCGGCUUGCGCGGCUACAAGGCGGGCUCAGAUUAUUCCUCAGUGGGAUGGCUACCUGGUACUGAAUCCCUGUGGCAGUCCUCAACGAUUUCAUCAAGCAGUCAAAACAAUCCUGUGAGAAGACACAGCAUAGCUUCUGACAGCGGGGACACUGGGAUUGGCACCUCCUGUUCUGACAGUGUGGAAGAUCAUUCAACUUCAAGUGGCACAUCAUCGUUUAAGCCCAGCCGAUCACUGGUUUCUAUUCCCACUGCCCAUGUGAUGCUGUCUAGUGCCAGCUCUUCACUUUCCAAACACAGGGAAGCUUUCAAGUCUGAUGGCUCAAAAUGGAGUACAAGCUUUGUACGGUCAGGAGGAGGCAGAAAUCAGGGAGGCCUGGACAAUUCUCUUGACAUGAAAGAUGCAAGACCUGUAAGAAAAUGGUCCUCCUUGUCUAAACUCAGCUCACCAACCAAUUUCAGCCAAGAUGGGAGUAGUCAUUCAGUGGAAUACAGGGCUGGUACGGACAAAGCUGCGCCACCUCAGUUAAGGACAAAUGGGCCAAGUUGUUUGCAUGACAGCAUGGAGUUGCUAAAAAUCGAGGACAAAGAAAUGGGGAAAAAACGAUCUUCCCUACUGGACUGCAAAUACAAGUUUGAAACGUGCAGCAAGGACGACUUUGUUUCAGACUCCCCCAGCAGGAGGCUUGCCUUAGACUUGACCUACAGUGCCUUAGGUGAGAGCAAGGCCGCGGCAGGCGGCUGCGAAGCUUUCGGCCAGAGAUACGCGACGCUGGGACAGCAGGCUGUGAGCGGGGCUCCCAUCCAGCCGGCAGUGAGGACUCAGAUGUGGCUCAAGGAGCAGCUGCGGGCAAACCCCCUGGACUGCAGGCCUGCUGAGGAGCCCUACGGCCUGCCCGCCUGGCAGGUGCAGCAGCUCCAAGAGCUGAGGGCGGCCGCUGACCAGCCUGUGCAGGUUUCACCCGGAACGUCUCGUUCAAGUUACCCAGCUACCAGCUAUCAGGACUCCAGCAACUGGGAAUCUCUAAUGAAAAUUAAAGAAGGGCUGCUAAGACAGAAGGAGUUUGUGAUUGAUAGGCAAAAUCAGCAAAUUAACAAUUUACAUCAGAAGAUAAGGGAGAAUGAAAUACGAGCUCAACAUGCAAGACUGAGCCAUCUUGUGAACUGUGAAGAUGCAUACCUGACUAACUUACAGCAGCCACAGUAUGAGAGCACACCACUGCAACCUCACAUUUCAGAAAGAUCAGCAUCCCACCUCGAGGAGCUUGAGCGAAAGAUUGCAGCAGCUGAGAGCAAGGAAUUGCAACUCAGUGAAAUUGUGAAACAGCUUUCAAACAAAUCUAGUGAGGAGAAAAAGAAGAUGGAGGAGAAACUUAAAACUAGAGACCGAUAUAUUAAUAGCCUGAAAAAGAAGUGCCAGAAAGAGGCUGAGCAAAACAAAGAAAAACAAAGACGAAUUGAAACGUUAGAAAAAUACCUGGCUGACCUUCCAACACUGGAUGAUAUAGAGGGCCAGACUAAACAGCUGCAAAUUCUAGAAGAGAAGAACAAGCAACUUCAAGAAACCGUGGCUGAGUUGGAAAAGAAGCUCGGAGAGGCCCGGUCGCAGUGCAGAGAGAGAGAAUUACAGCUGGCGUCUCAGAAGAAGAAAGAAAAAGAGCUGGUCACAACAGUGCAGAGUUUACAACAGAAAGUAGAAAAAUGCCUGGAAGAUGGUAUCCGGCUUCCUAUGCUGGACACAAAACAGCUUCAGAGUGAGAAUGAAUGUCUCAGAGAGAAGAAUGAGAAGGCCAGUAAGGUCAUAGACAAUCAACAAAAUCAGAUAACUGGACUGAUUUUGGACAUGCAGUCUAUGCAAGAGAAGCUUUCGCAAGAAAAGCUGAUAAUUCAGAAGAUGACAAAUGAGCUUGAAGAAAAAGAAAGACAUAUAGAGCAGUUGAAUAAAACUCUCUCUGAAAACCAAAGACUGGUGGAAGAGAAUGCCUGCCUGAAGGAGCAGAUGCGGCUGGUGGAGCAGUCCAGGCAGCCAGUAUCUGAGAAGAUGCCUGUAGCAGACCAGUUGUUCAAGGAGAUGUCCCACUGCUUGUUUGACUUGAAAGCACUGUGCAGUAUUCUUACCCAGAGAGCUCAGGGCAAGGAGCCUAACCUUUCCUUACUGCUGGGAAUCAGAUCACUGAGCUGUUCAUCUGAAGAGAGUGAAAAUUACCACAGCACGGAGACCCUCUCGAAGAAGCUCUUGGACGUUUGUCAGCUGCGGAAGGACAUUGAUGAGUUAAGGACUAUAAUGUCAGACCGCUACGCUCAGGACAUGGGGGACAACUGCAUCACUCAAUGACAACACUCCAUCCUGUAGCAAGUGACUUACCAGGUCCUGCUGUGUCACAGGUCUUUGCAUUUCCAUUAAGGAGCCAUAUGGAAGGCUGCAGAUAGCACCGGGCACGCAUCUCCGAGGGCUGUGUGUAAUCGAUCUCGGGAGUCUGGUGUGCAGGGGACAGGCAUCGUGUGAACAGUGGUACAAACUGCAAGAAAUCUUUUCUCCAAACUACUGAAUGUAGGAACAAGCUGUGAAGAAUGAUUCAGUUGGACACUGUUUCCUUCAUUUGGGCUCAUUUUAUUACUUUGCCUAGUUUUUGGAACCAGAACUUCAGAACAGCCAUGCUGCUACAACUCAGUCCUUUCCUUCAUCAAGGGUUUGUGUGGCAUUAUCUGAGUUCAGAUCUUAGGGGAGAGAGUCAGAGAACCUAUGCAUGUGUAUGUCUGGCUGUACGUGGUGCAGCCAGAGACUUCUGCCACUGCACUUCACUCUAAGAAUUGCAAUUAGAACAAUCUUGGAGCACUCAAAAGUAAUUGCUCUCCAAGUUGUCAAAAAUUAAGAAGUUUUUAGUAAUGGAUGUCUACCUUGUUUGUCCAGUAGCAGAAAAACCCCAGGUUUAACUCCUUUAUGCAGACAGUCCAUAAAAUAUAGCUGUCUCAGAUUGUUUGAAGCACUCUCAUGUUGCUGUAAGAGGUCUCAGUAGUACAAAGUCUGUGACAAACCAGAGAAGCUGUAAGACAUAAAACUGCAGCAUACUACAUGGCUAUAAGAAAAAAAAAACCUAAUCAAUCAACAACUGUAUUUUAGUGUUUGUACUUUUUUUUCCCCUUAGGUCCUUUCCAUUUCAAAAUAUUGCUGUAUUUUGUUCCUGGAGGCCUCUGAUAAGGUUGUGCACCACCUCAGCCAUUUUUACCACAGCUACAAAAAGGGUGUUUGAUCCUUGGCAAAAUUAAGGCUCAAAACAGAAUGUUUCCAGAUAGCAGUAUAAAGUACUUGGUUAUCUGAGGACUGAAAAAUUUUCCACGUUGUUUGGGAAAUCUUGAUUUCUCCAUUUUUGUAGGAAGCAAUUACAUAAAAUAGUAAGCUCCAUAGCUAUGCUCCAAGCUAUGUUCCGUAGCUAAUUCAGUGAGCAUCACUUGGCAGAGCUGUUUAACUCCUGUGGGACAGAUGACAUUUCCAGGAACAUCACUGCAAGUUAGCUGCAGUUAUGCAUGAUGGAAAAUAGUAUUUAACUGAAGGAAACAAAAACUUGCAAAACCACUUUUGAAUCACACUGUUAAGAAAAAUAUGUGCAUCACUGACUUGUAUGGUAUUUCAAGAGGGUUUCAGAUGCCUUAAGGUGCAAGUCAGUCAACUGAUCUGGAGUGGGGAUAACAGCAGAAAUCUCUUGGAAAGCUUAGCAAUUUGAACCAGGUUAAUUCUAGGUUAACAUUUUUAUGGCAAAAGUGAGUAUCUUCAGUUUUCUGAUUUGGUGAUGUUUUGGUAUCUGUUCAUUGUUUAACAGUUAAUGUUGUUUUUAUAAUUUAGUGUUUUAAUUGUUUUUAGCUGUAUGAGUUUAUUUAUUUGACAGUUUUCUCUAUCUUGAAACUAGACUUGGACUAAUUUG